ACUGCCGGAGUGCAGAGGAUAGUAUGCUAAUAAUACGGUUUUAAAAAGGAACUAAGUUUGAGCAAAUCUGGGUUGGCCAAGAAAUCCCCUUCAAAGAGCAUGGAGAGUUAGCAGUGUUUGUGACAAGACAGAACAAGUUUGAAGCAAGAGUAAAAUGCUGAUGGAACAUAUGAGCACACGGCAAAACUCUUAAGAAAGGAAAUGGUUUGUUUCUGUUCAUGUAGGCUGAACCCAUGAGAAAAGAACAAUGUUUAGCAUGCAUGUGGUCAGAGCGCAAACCUUAUUUUUUUCUGCAGUAUUCAUCAGUGUCUUUGAUAAUGAUGUCCACCACUUGGGCUUGUGUCACAUAACAGAGGCUUUCCCUACUCAACCAAGGAUUUAUUUUAAUGGUGGAUCCAAUCUGCAUACCAGAGGCCCACCAGUAAAUACAGAGUGCAAAAUGGAUGUUGUGUGUGUUCUACAAGGAGAGCCAGUACAUUUGAAAGUCGACAACAAGACUGCCCUGCAGCAAGCAGAUUCUGUAGUGUGGAACAUCAAAAGCAGUGCAGGACUCCAUAAGCCAGUUGCAGAAGAACAUUAUGGCAAACUACAUAUUCCAGCUGUAUAUCAAAACAAACUUAAGUACAAUACUUCAGACAAGUCUCUCAUGUUCACAUCUGUACAGACAGAUGAUGCAGCAAUCUAUACUGUGAAGCUGUGUAACAAAGUAUUUUGUUCCUCCAGCUACUGUGAGUCUACUAAAGUUAUUGUGCAAGCUUCUGAUGAGACAGACAGUGAGCACAGCUGCAACAAAGAGAAUCGUGUAACCGCACUCAGUGCUAAUUCCCAGGGUUCUAAAGUGCCAACUGAAGCAUUUCUUUUUGUACUAAUGGCUGCCUGCACUUGUCUCCAACACAUGGCUGACCUCUGAAGACAAAGGCUGGUUUCAACAACAUGUAAUGAAAUGAUACCAGACUGGAUUCAAAGAAAGUAGCUGAGAUGCAUUCUUCUGUGUCGGUGAUGUGAAUGUAUAUGAGAAACCUUGAUGACCAGGGUUUACAAUAUUAAUAACUCAAAUCAUUUCUUUCAAAUCAGUUUUUGAAAAAAAAAUAGAGAGUUUAUUCACCUCAGUUUAAAAUUCUGUUGUGGAAUUUUAUUUUUAUAAAACAAAUAUUUACAAUUAAAAAUUAGAGCUACAUUGAUGUAAAGGUAAUGAAUGUUUGAUUUUAACAAGUUAAGAAAAGAUUUAACUUCAUUUAAAUUUAUUUCUUGCAUAACUGAACACUGGAAAGUCAGCUGGCAUGUUUAAUGUUUUGAGACAUUGUAUAUGUUUAACAAAAAUAGAAAAACAUUUUUUGUUUCA